GAUUCAUCGCGAAGAUCUGCCCCCGCGCCAGUCCAGGUAUAAAGUGCACGACGCGUUUAGAGGACCUUCAGUGGAAAAUUGAAGCUCGAAAAUGUUGAAGGGUGUUGUGGCUCUUGUGACCGGCGGUGCCUCUGGGCUGGGCCGUGGCACUGUAGAGAGAUUCAUCAAGCAAGGUGCGAAGGUAGUCAUUGCUGAUUUACCUGUUUCGAAAGGUAAAGCCGUGGCCGCUGAAUUGGGAGAAACUAAUGCAGUAUUUGCACCUAUGGACGUAACUUCGGAAGCUGAUGUCCAAGCUGCUCUUGAUCUUACAAAACAAAAAUUUGGUAAGCUUGACGUUCUCGUCAACGCGGCUGGUAUCGCCAUAGCCCACAAGACAUAUAACAGUAAUAAGAAAAUUCCACACAAUCUGGAGGACUUCUCGAAAGUUAUCCAAGUCAAUACCAUCGGCACCUUCAACGCCAUUCGCCUCUCGGUCGGCUUGAUGAUUGAAAACACACCUAAUCAAGAUGGCCAAAAAGGUGUAAUUGUUAACACUGCAAGUGUCGCGGCUUUCGACGGUCAGAUGGGACAGGCUGCUUAUUCUGCUUCGAAAGGCGCAAUCGUAGGAAUGACUUUACCUAUUGCUCGCGAUCUUGCCAAGGAUGGAAUUCGCGUUGUAACAAUUGCUCCCGGACUUUUUGACACUCCGUUAUUACAAGCGCUGCCAGACAAAGUGCGCACCUUUUUGGCAAAGAGCAUACCAUUUCCUCAAAGAUUAGGGAGUCCCGAUGAGUAUGCGAUGUUGGUGCAGCAGAUCGUUGAAAACCCCUUACUAAACGGGGAGACAAUCAGAUUGGAUGGUGCUUUGCGAAUGCAAGCUUAAGAGCUGCUAGUUUUUCCUACCGAUAGAAUUUCAGUAUCAGGAAUCAUUUACGAGUCUUGUUGAUAUUUUGUAUCUGCAUAUACGAGCAUAUAUAUAUAUAUAUACAAUAAAAUUUUAAACUUUUCUACAAA